AAGUUAUAAUUCCUUUUAAAAACUACAGUGAAUCUGGUUUCUACGCUUUAUAUAGGCAUGUAAGAAUAUAGGCUUAAACCAACUCUUGAGUGUACUACUAAUAAAUUAUUAACGAGGCAUUGGAACGGCAAAUUUGCCUGCUUUCUCUAACAAACAGAAACACAAUGGCAGUUUCCCGUCCGCACAAAAGCAGUCGGGGCUGAAGGAAAUGCAGCAUCCUCGAUUUAGAGGAAGCAAAACUGAAAGUAAAAAAAUAUCACCAGCGGUCCCCUGAAAUCACAUUUAAAAUCCACUUGUUACGCCGAACUGCGUAUCAUAUCAUGAGACCAGGAGGAUUAAAGAACCCAGACGCCAUGUUAAGUCAGCGGAGAUGUCCAUACACAGAAGAGCAAAUACUGUAACGUUAAAUUAAUGAAUCAAUUAAUGAAUUAAAUAAUGAAUUAAUUACGUAUACACUCUAGAUCAAAAGCCAUGUAUUAAAUGUAUUCAGGAAGCCAUGUGUACAAUUAUGUGUUCUGGAUAAACAACUGCAGGAAUAAGUGACACACACACACACACACACACACACACACAAACACACCACAUAAAAUCACCAUAUAUUUUGACCGACAAAAAAUGAUGACCAAGUAAUUUUAACUGAAAAUUACUGUACGCUGGACAUGUCAUCAAGACGUCAUCAAGUGAGGUGCACAUUGUGCGUGUGAUUCUGACCAACACAAGCCACGUUUAAACUCGCGGUGGCCUAGGCUACCUGUUGCAAACAUUUCUGAUUUUGAGAUAACACUCAGUCUUGCUGAGCAACUACAGGAGUGUCUGUAGUAUAAUUCUGAACAGCAUAGAAUAAAAUAACAAGUGCAUGUAGUUCUUCGGUUUUCACAUGCUUUAAUAAAAGACUAACACAUUUGAUACAUAUUCGACACACUAUGUUAAUUUCCCUAUAUAGAUAUAUGUAAGCCUGAGAUAAUAUUUAGAAGUGUUUUGAAACUCGAUUUUUUUUUUACUUAUUCAUUGGUUCGUUUUUCUUUGACGGGGUAAGGCCAUGGUGUGUGUAGGCAACAUGAGCACACCACAGCCAAAACAGAAGGGGGAGAGUGUCGAUAUAAUCAAUUUAGUGCUUUAAGAUUCCAUUGCGAUUCGUAUAGUGCAAUCUUAUUGGAGGGAGAGGCAAUGGAGAGGACAUGAAAAAAGAAAAGGCGAUCUCUAGGCUUCGCGCUGGGGUCCCCCGGCGCAUGCAAUCACAGCCCCCCUCAAGGGUGCUAUUUUGCAGGCGAGGGCUCAUGCGAUUGGUCAGCGUCUGGUCAGAUGGUACGGUUUCCCUCUGUCCCACACUGGCACAUAGCCACCCAGCACCCCCCCCUCAACUAAAACCCAAUCUCCGAUAAACUACUAAUAGCUAAACCACUUGGACUAUAAAACACAACAAAUCAUAAACCAAGGAAAAGAACCGUACCCUCCCAAUGAGUUCGUAUUUUGUAAAUUCAACUUUCCCUGUGACUCUGGCCGGUGGACAGGAGUCGUUCUUGGGACAAAUACCGUUAUAUUCCUCCGGAUAUACUGAUCCUUUAAGACACUAUCCUGGUGCUGCUUAUGGAGCUACCAGCGUCCAAGAGAAGGCGUAUUCAUCCUCUUUUUACCAGCAGACGAAUGGUGCCUAUAGCCGGUCGUCCUCUGUCGGUGCUUGCGAUUACGCAGCGGCCAGCUUUUACAGGGAUAAGGACCCUGCCUGCGCACUCGCCAGUAUAGAAGAUCACUCUCUUGUCCUUAGUCAAGACCACCGCAAAACGGACUGCACAGGGCCACAUAACAAGGGUUUAUUCGACGAAAGCGAAGACCAGAAGCCGUCGGUGCCCGUCUACCCAUGGAUGCAGAGGAUGAACUCUUGUAACGGAACCUUUGGUAAUCCUGGUCGAAGGGGUCGUCAAACAUACACUCGUUACCAGACGCUGGAGUUGGAGAAAGAGUUCCAUUUUAACAGGUACCUGACCCGGAGGCGCCGUAUCGAAAUCGCACACGCUUUGUGUCUGACAGAACGCCAGAUAAAGAUUUGGUUCCAAAAUCGGAGGAUGAAGUGGAAAAAAGAAAAUAAACUGAUCAACUCCUCACAGACGAGUGGAGAAGAGGAGGAGGAGAAGAUUACAGAAUGAGAAAAGAACACUAGAUAGAAAAUAGCAUAGAGGGCAAACCGGUUUUCUCUUUCAUAAAAUAAAUGAAGACUUUCUCCUUUCCUUCAUAUGUCAAAGUUCGCACCAGUGAAAUUGUGUUGGUAAAUUCGUUGUAGCAUUCCAAAAUUCAUCUUAAUAUUGUAUUUUUUAUGGUUGAUGUCAUUUUUUUAAUGUUUAUUCUUUUAUAUUAUUAAUGCCGAAUACCGAUUACAUGUGUUAUUUUGUGCGCGCGUCCUGACUUAGGAGUUGGUCUAAUAACGAAAAUGAACGUGUUUAACGAGCUAUUUGAAAUAUGUCAUAUUCGUGUUCAUAUUUAAGAUGUAUUAAAAUAAAAAGAAAUUCUCAUGUACAAA